CAAACUCACCAUUUCUUCCUUCAUCAUCCGAACCCUCGCACAAAUGGCUGCUAAUAAUACUAAUGCUGAUAGCAUUGUCAUGGAUCAAGAGAGACUCACGGCGGAGAUGGACUUUAAGUCCUCCUCCUCCGCCGUCAUCAAAAUCCGCCGACGCCUCCCGGAUUUCUUGAAGUCCGUUAAGCUCAAGUACGUCAGGUUAGGACUAGGCUAUGGCUAUUCAUGCAACGCUGCCACUGUUCUCAUGUUUGCUAUCGUCGCGCCUUUGUUCACCUCCCUCCUGGUUCAGUUCACCGGUCUCGCGCUCGACCGCUUGUCCCAGCUCUGGUCCUGCAAUACUGUUCAUCUGAACAGUAACGAUUCUGCCGCGCACGUUGCAGGUUCGGUCACCCUGCUCCUCUUCUUUGGCCUCUACAGGGCGAGCCGGUCAAGACCGGUCUACCUCGUCGACUUUGCUUGUUACAAACCGGAAAACGAACGGAAAAUCUCAGUUGAUUCGUUCCUCGAAAUGACGGAGGAAACCGGUGGGUUUGCAGAAGAGACCCUUCAAUUCCAAAGGAGAAUCGCAACUCGGUCAGGUUUGGGGGACGAAACGUACUUGCCCGGAGGGAUUAUGUCUAAACCGCCGAACCUGAACAUGAAAGAGGCUCGUUAUGAGGCAGAGCAGGUCAUGUUUGGAGCGCUGGACGCUCUUUUUGACAAAACCGGUGUUAAGCCAAGGGACAUUGAUAUUCUCAUAGUGAAUUGCAGCUUGUUCAACCCAACGCCGUCUCUCUCCGCCAUGAUCGUCAAUCACUACAAACUCAGAACCAACAUAAAAAGCUUCAAUCUUGGAGGAAUGGGUUGCAGCGCGGGCUUAAUCUCCAUCGAUUUAGCCAAAGACCUUUUAAAAGCAAACCCCAAUUCCUACGCCAUUGUCGUCAGCACCGAGAACAUCACCCUGAAUUGGUACUUCGGGAACGACCGUUCUAUGCUUCUCUGCAACUGCAUUUUCCGAAUGGGCGGCGCCGCCAUUCUCCUAUCUAACAAAUCCUCCGACAGGGUCCGAUCCAAAUACCAACUAGUCCACACGGUUCGAACCCACAAAGGAGCAGACGACAAAAACUACAACUGCGUUUAUCAGCGAGAAGAUGAGAAAGGAACGGUGGGCGUUUCAUUGGCCAGAGAACUAAUGGCAGUCGCCGGAGACGCUUUGAAGACGAACAUUACAACGUUAGGGCCGUUGGUCCUUCCAUUUUCGGAGCAAUUCAUGUUCUUCUUGUCGUUGGUGAGGAAGAAGGUGUUGAAGCAUUCAAAGGUGAAACCUUACAUUCCAGACUUCAAGAAGGCGUUCGAGCAUUUUUGUAUUCAUGCAGGGGGUAGGGCGGUGCUGGACGAGUUGCAGAAGAACUUGGAACUCAGUGAGUGGCACUUGGAGCCGUCGAGGAUGACGCUUCACAGGUUCGGUAACACGUCUAGUAGUUCGCUGUGGUACGAGCUGGCGUACACGGAGGCGAAGGGACGGGUCGGGAAGGGGGAUCGGGUAUGGCAGAUCGCUUUCGGGUCGGGGUUUAAGUGUAACAGUGCGGUGUGGAAGGCGGUGAGGAUGAUUCCGGUCGGUGACUGGCGGGGGAACCCCUGGGACGACUCGGUUCACAGGUAUCCGGUUAAGGUCCCCACCAAUGCUUGAAUUCGCGUAACGCUGUUAUUGGAUGACAAAGUUCAUGCCGAUUUCAGCGCUUUCCUUUAUUUUUCCCCCCAACUUGUUGUUAUUUUUUAUCAGACAACCAGGAUGGUUAAAAAUCCAAAUCAAAUGGGAGUACAUUGAUUUUUUUUUUUAAA